GCAGGUGUCCGAGCCAUGGAGCGGCCCUCGGGAAAAGAACUCGCCCUGGCGCCGCUCCAGGAGUGGGGUGAGGAAGAGGUGGACGGAGCUGUGUACAACAUCACCCUGCGGAGGCAGCGCAGUCAGCGGCCCGGCCCGGGUCGGGGCCGAGAGAGGGGGCGGGGCCAGGCUCCGGAUCCCGGACGAUCGGAAGACUUCGUGCACUAUCGCACCUGCAAAGUUCGGGCGCUUCGAGCAGCGCCCCUAGAGCGGCUCGUGCUGGAGUUGGUGCGAGGAGAUCAUGAACAGGACCCAGCCUUCGUGCCCGCCUUCCUGGCCACACACCGUGCCUUCGUACCCACCGACCGUGUACUGGGGCUCCUGUUGCAGCUUCGGCAGGCCCCGAGACCCCGAGGGGAGAGACAGGAAGAGGAAGGCCAAGGCCACUUGGAUGGGAGCCAGGAGCAGGAGUUGAGGGCAUUGAUAUCUGUGCUGGGCUCCUGGCUGCUGGAUCACCCCCAGGACUUCAAAGACCCUCCUACCCACUCCAACCUGGUCCAGGUUUGUACCUUUCUGAGGUGGGCAGCACCAGGGGGACCAGAGAGCCAGGAAGCUGAGAGGCUGCUGAGGCACUUCCAAGAGGAGGAAGAGGAAGAAGUGGCCAGGACAUUGCAGGAGGAGGAAAAGGGGACCAAGGAGGCCCUAGAAGUAUCAGAGCCUUCUCAUGACGAGUCUCCAGGCUCAGAGGACCCCCUGGAGGAGGAAGAAAAACAAAGAAAGAAGGGCCCAGAGCUUCUGGAUUUUGGUGUGGAUGAGAUAGCUGAGCAGCUGACCUUGAUGGAUAUGGAACUUUUUUCUCAAGUAUGCCUUUGGGAGUGCCUGGGUUCUGUGUGGUCUCAUCGGGAUAGAGCAGGGGGCCUUGGGAGUGCCCCCUCUGUCCGUGCCACUGUGGCCCAGUUCAACGCAGUAACUGGCUGUGUCCUGAGUUCAGUGCUGGCAGGACCAAGCCUACCCCCACCCCAUCGAGCCCAACGCCUGGAGAAGUGGAUCUUCAUUGCUCAGCGCUGUAGGGAGUUGAGGAACUUUUCGUCACUCCGGGCUAUUCUAUCGGCGCUGCAGUCCAACCCCAUAUACAGACUCAAGAGGAGCUGGGGAGCUGUGAGCAGGGAGCCGUUGUCCAUGUACCGGAAACUCUCAAAUAUUUUCUCUGAUGAGAAUAAUCACCUUAACAGCCGGGAGAUCCUCUCCCAGGAAGAAGCAACCUUGAUCUCCCCUGAAGAGGAGACAGCUCCAGGAGUUCCUCCCUUGUUCCAGAAAGUUCCCCCCGGGCCUAUCCCCUACCUGGGUACCUUCCUCACUGACCUUGUCAUGCUGGACACAGCACUGCCCGACCUACUGGAGGGAGAUCUUAUCAACUUUGAGAAGAGGCGAAAGGAGUGGGAGAUUCUGUCCCGGAUCCAACACCUUCAGCGUCGAUGUGUGGCCUAUAACCUACUAUCCCGGCCACCUGUUCUUGCUGCCUUCCGGGCCCAGCGACCCCUCAGUGAGGAGCAGAGUUAUCGCCUGUCCCGGGUCAUUGAGCCUCCAGCUGCCUCCUGUCCCAGCUCCCCCAGGAUCCGGCGACGGAUAAGUCUUACUAAGAGACUUAGCGCGAAGCUUUCUCGGGAAAGAGGCUCAUCUCCGAGCCACCAGCCUGGGGAUCCCCCCUCUCCCAGCCCCAGUCCCUCUUCAGGUUCCUACCCACCCAGCCCAGGAGAUGGGGACCCUCCAACCACCAGCCCUCCUCCAUCCCCAGGUGCAACUGGUCUGGGCCACAAGGGCUCCCUGGAGCUGUCUCUGGGAGCCGAAGCUCCUGAGCUCCAGCAGGCCCCAGCCUCUCCUGGAAGCAGCGCCCGAACUCCCCACCACCCAAGGCAGCAGAGCCCGGAUGCCUGUGUCAUCAGAGUCAGCAUUGACCAUGACCCCGGGAACCUGUAUCGGAGCAUUUGGCUCACUAGUCAGGACAAAGUCCCAGGUGUGAUUCUCCGAGCCCUGCAGAAGCUGCACCUGGGGCAGCCACAGCCCCGUGACUAUCAGCUGUUCCAGGUCUUGCCUGGGGACCGGGAGCUCCUGAUCCCAGACAACGCCAAUGUGUUCUAUGCCAUGAGCCCGGCUAGCCCCAGGGACUUCGUGCUUCGGAAGAAGGAGGGGGCUCAGUCACCACCCUGAUGACUGCUCUCCUUCCUGGCUGGGGAGCCGUAGGCUUGGACCUAGCCGAGGCUGAGGGAGGAUCUCCCAUCCAGAGGCAUGCUGAGGCACUGACCCCAACACGAUCCCUGGUGCUCCCAUA